AUGCAAUUCAGAGGGUACUUGCUAGAACAAAUUUCAUUACAAUCAGGACAGCCAGUUUUGAAUGAAACAUCAGCAGAAGCUCUUACAAGAUUAUUGGAAAAUUUUAGUGAAUUGAAGAAAGAACCUAAACAGUCUAAUUUGAAGAAAUUAUAAGAAAAGUUUAUUAUAGAAAAAUUCACAAAGAAGACAUCAAGUGUAAGCCAAUGGAUCAAUAUCUUUGAAAAUGAAUGUAUUCGCAUAGGUAUAGAUAAAGACAUAGAAAAGAUUCAAGUAUUUCGGCUAUUUUUGGACGAUCCAGGUCAGGAUUGGUAUAAUUCCAUGCUUAUAAAAUAUACAGAAAACUCAGAUGGUGUAUUUGGGAAAAAAACUUUUGUGAAAACAUUUCUAAACAAGGGCUAGACACCAAUAAGGUAUGCUUUUACAUUUAAAUACAGACAAAGGACAUUAUUGGAAUAUGCUCUAAAAAAAGAGAGACUGUUGUUAGAGGUAAACAAAGAAAUAGAUAAACAUAAGUUAAUUGAUUUAAUUGUAAUUGGAUUACCUAAUUUUGUAGCAGAUAAAAUCAAUAAAGAUAAUUUACAAGACACUGAGGAUUUAUUUAGUAGUAUUCGAGGCUUAGAACAUUUGGUUAAUAGAAGGUUGGAACCAAGGGGAAUGGAUUCAGAAAGUAAAAUCAAGGGCAGGACUUUAGAAGACCAGCCGUGCAGGAUUUGUGAAAAAGAAAAGAAAGGCACUCGCUUUCAUCCAGAAAGCAUAUGUUGGUACAAAAAUAGAGAUAAUUAUCGCCUCAAGAAAGAACCAACCAUCAGAAAUAUUAAUAAUUCAGAAUUGGAAAUGAGUUUAAAUGAAAUAGAUCCAAAAAAGUAA